AUGGUGGAGAGAUGGGAUCUAGAGAGAGAAAGUUCUUGGGAGAGAGUGGGUGAUCUGAAGGACGGGAGGGUCAGCAGAGAUGCCAUUGACGCCGUCGGGUGGAGAGGGAAGCUCUAUAUGGUGAACGUGAAGGGCGGCUCCAUGAAGGAUGGCGUCGUUUACGACGCCGAGAAAGACGUGUGGGAGGAGAUGCCGGCGGGGAUGAUCGGAGGGUGGAGGGGGCCGGCGGCGGCGAUGGAUGAAGAGGAGAUGUUCAUGGUGGAUGAGGCGACGAGAGUUUUGAGGAGGUACGAUGAAGAGAGGGAUGAGUGGGAAAAGGUUGUGGAGUCGGAGAGCUUGAGAGGAGUGGAGUAG